CUCGUUGGCCUGGUACUUGGACCGGAACCUUGCCACAGGCACUUCAGCUAACGUCUUGUAACCAUUGAACCCAGGCUCAGGGCGUGGGAGUGGGAGGUCGUGGAAGAGGUCGUGAACGUCGGCUUCGCCUUGCAAUGGCUGUGGAAGCAACGCCAGGCUGGCUUCGUUUGCGUCGCCGUUUGUCAUGGAGGGCGAGGUUGUCCAAGUUUGAGCCUCAGGUUGCGAAAGUUGUGGCCGGCUUUCGCUUCAUACUCUUCCAAGAUAUGUGGGGCGAGGUGAAAGAAGCUUGACGAGGAAUAUAAACUCUGACUUACUCAACUCCUCUUAUUCACUCACCUCACAGCAUCGAGUUCGCUCAAGAUGGCAACCCACGCUCGUAUUGGGCAGUUGGUACGCGAAGUUGGGGCGCGCCCACUCACGAAUAACGAGAUAGAGACGCUCAGGCAGCAUUUCAACAGCAAACUCGAAGCGUCACUGAAGUACGCAAAGCGCCCCGGUCUGAAGAUGAUAACGGACUGUAUUCAUUACGGCAUGAUCCCAGAGCAAAUUGGGCAUGUGCUAGACGAAGUUGUGCAUCAUCAGCGAUGGGAGCUCUCCAAGACAGGUCUGGCGGCGAUGAAAGAACACUUCUGUAUGACGAUCGCCGAGUACCUGGUCACGCGUGACAUGUGUCGAACUCCCAACACCAAGGAUAUGAUACAAGACCGACUGAAAAUAUCCAAGACCAAGGGCUACGCAAAACAGCAUGAAGAACUCAACGCUCUCUCGGCCCUAGCAAAGCCACUCACGCCGCCUUCGGUCCAUGGACGACACACUCUUCCAAUACGAGCGGCACAGCAGAACUCAACGACUUUGCCCUCGGAGCCACUCGCCCCCCGACAAGACACAGCCCAUGCGGAGGCAGCCUCGCGAUACUCCAGUUUGACUAGCCAGAACUCUUACACUGUGAAGGGGCAGCAAAUCUGCCAUCGGGGGACAGAAAUGUUGACUUCUCGAGGCUCAGAUCUCGGACUAUCGCGCCGGGAUGCGUUGAGACAAGCCAAAUGGCACCAGCAAAUCGGGUAUGCGUCGGUGUUGGUGCCGCACAUCCGGGCGUACGCAUCGGAUUCUGUCGUGCGUGCCAUAGCUGUCACGUUGCCAGCCACCUCGUUCGCCGCCAGCGCGCUCGUGCAAUCGAAAAAUGCAGGCAGUUUGAGCCCGUUCUUCUCUUCGACCUUCCAAGCGUUUAGGCAGCAGAAUCUGGUCUCGAAGAUCGAGCUGCCAACUGUGGCAUCCGGCGCUCAGAUUAUAGAUGGGAUCCAGGUACCAGCCAACGAGAGCGAUCCAGUCGGCUACAAGCUUGACCUGAUGGGCAAGAUGGAGCUGGACCACAAGAAAGCCGCCAUGGUUAUAAACCUCAACAAAUCGCGAGUUCUGGACCUCAGGCGCGAAUUUGUCGAUGCAGGCUUGCAGGGCUGCAGCUCGUCAAACCGAACGGCAAAGCAGCGUGAGCUGUACAAGAAAUUUGAAAACAAAGUUGCUCAGUCCCUCGGCCACGAUAGUACCUCUCUGGACAUAUACACGUUUAAGUCUCGUACCCACAAGGCUUUUGAGGUCUUGCGUCGCUGGAAGGAGAAGAAUUACUACUUUCUCAUUGCCCUCGCACAACCUUCACUUAAUACACCAAUGAUGAAGCCGAUGGCGACUGACAACACCUCUAAAGACAUCAUGAGUGACUGGGAAGACGUUGUCGGGCCAUGCAUGGAAGAGCUAUGUGCUUUUCCAUGGCGGGGAUUAGACGCCGAACAACGACAUGCGGCCGCUCAGAGCCUGGUUCGACUGGCCAACGGAGUCCAGGUCUCUGCCCAUGCAGUGAAUGUCAACCGCACGACGUGGGCCUCACAAAGGGCAGCCUUUCGCCACGCGACAGUGUUCCCCAACAUCUCGUAUGUGGGAGGUGUACGGACGGCAACCAACAUCUCGACCAGUGCGAUGCGUAUAGUGGGAUAUGCUGGCAUGGAAACGCACAACUUUGCUUCGAUGACAGUUGCGCUGGAUACCGGGCUUGUCUGUCCACUUGACUUGCAAGCCGGAUCUUUCCUGGGGUCGGUUCCCGGCGAAUUGCACUACGAGGAGCCACUGCAGCAGGGCUGGGUCCAAGGUCCGAAUAACGUUUGGUUUGAGCCUGCUGCCUCGAAAAUGUCACUUUUGUGGUUGGAGCUGGAGCCCGAAGCCCGCAUGGGCAAUGUGUUUCUGGCCUGGGAGGUAGUUGAAGACGAGAUCCUCGAGGGCUUCACGGGUGUCUCGUACCGCAUCAUCGCAUUCACGGCUCGCAGCGUGUCGGCCUUUACGAGACUGACCGCUGAAUGGAGGAACUAGCACCGAUGACAUGUAUUUCUAACCUAUCGUGACAUAUUUGUAAGUCCUAGGUGCGCUCCUGCUGUUUCGGUGUCGGUUGCGCCUUCCCCUGCAACUCUCGCUGCAACUCUCGCUACAACUCUUCUCUGCGAGCCUCAUCCUCCAUCAUCACCACUACUACACGCUUGGCCUCUGUGCUAGCCUACCCUU